GGGAAGGGUGACGUCUCUCCAGUAACGUGAUUGCUUCUUUGGAAGCAGAAACGUGUAAACGCUAUAAAACGCGGCGGCGCGGCGGGCAGCUCAGAGCGUGCGGCGAGACGGAGCUCUCCUCUUCAUCCUCCUCCUCCUCACCCUCUGCCACCGCUCCGGCAGCCGCGCAGCCGGGCAGGGCGCACUCCUCCAGCACCGCCUCGCUCCGCGCCCGCACAGCCAGACCCACCGACGGACUCGCGGCUCCGUGGCGGCCAUGGAGCACCGCGGCACCUCCCCGCUCCUCCUCGCCCUCGCCCUCCUCAGCGCGCUCUGCUGGCGGGCGCGGGCGCUGCCCCCGAGAGGCGCCGCCUUCCCUCCCGUGCCGCGAUUGGGAAACAGAAUGCCAUUUGAUGGAGCCAGUGAACCUGACCAUGCCCGUGGGUCAUUAAAAUCAGAAUCAGACAUUUUGCAGAACACACUACCUGAAAAUGAGAAAUUCUAUUUUGAUCUGUCCAGAAUUAUUGAUACAAAUGCAAGGCAUGCUGAUGGAAUUUUCACCAGUGUCUACAGCCAUCUUUUGGCUAAACUUGCUGUGAAGAGAUAUCUGCAUUCGCUUAUUAGAAAACGAGUUAGCUCUCAGGACAGUCCUGUCAAACGCCAUUCCGAUGCUGUCUUCACUGACAACUACAGCCGCUUUCGAAAGCAGAUGGCUGUGAAGAAAUACUUAAACUCAGUUUUAACUGGAAAAAGAAGCCAGGAAGAGCUAAACCCUGCUAAACUUCGAGAUGAAGCAGAACUUCUUGAACCUUCCUUCUCAGAAAACUAUGAUUCUGUAGAUGAGCUGUUGAGCCACCUCCCUCUGGACCUCUGAAGGACACCUGGUAAAGUCUAUGACAAGAACAAGCUAUUUUUGAGUUCCACAUAGUAUUUCAAAGAGAUGACUUUAGUCAUCAAACCAGAACAAAUAUGUUGUGAAGUGACAGUUGUGAUAUAUUUGUUUCUUAUGUAAUAAAAGUUGAUAUUUACAUUGUAAAUAUUACUCUAGAGUUCUCUACUGAAAGCUGUACAUAUGGAUGCCAGUUUAACUUAUGAGAAGUCUGUGAGUCCAUAUGCUGUAAAUCCUUUCCUUCAAUAAAUUCAUUUGAAAAUGAGUGUGCAGCUGAAAA